GCGAGUUCCUGGCAGCCCAGCCCUGCCAGGCACAGCUGGGCUGGGGGCUCAGGCGGGCAGAGCCAGACCAGGGCGGGGCCGAGGAAGGAGUGGCCGAGAAGGGAGGGCACGUUGCCCGCCUCCCCCUCGUUGAUUCCCCAGUUCUGUCUGAUAAGGUCUUUGCUUGCACGUUUCUGGAAAUUUGACUCCCUUCCCUGGGAGACCACACAGGCUUUUUCUGCGCCCCUUGCCUUCGGAAAUCUUCAUCCUGCUUCAUCUUCGGGGAUAAAGUCCCAUCCCGGGCAGAGAAGGGCUUCCUGGGGCAGAUGACUUCGGAGCCUGGAAGGAGGGGGCACGAGGGCAGGAGCUGAGCGCCGGCGACAUGCAAGUGUCCUUCGUGUGCUCGGAGCACGGCCUCAAGGGCCGCAGCCCUGACGAGCGGCUGGGCCGGCCAGCGGCCAGCAGCCCCAGCCCGGGCACCCGCGGCCGCUUCCGCGCUGUGGCCAUGGUGGCCCGGAGCCUGGGACAGCUGUCGGUGCAGAGCCUCCCGAGCCCGGGCGAUGCCAGCAUGAAGCAGCCCGGGAUGAAGUAUAGGAACCUGGGCAAGUCCGGCCUGAGGGUCUCCUGCCUGGGGCUCGGAACAUGGGUGACCUUCGGAGGCCAGAUCACGGACGAGAUGGCAGAGCAGCUAAUGACCUUGGCCUACGACAACGGCAUCAACCUCUUCGAUACCGCAGAGGUCUACGCUGCGGGCAAGGCUGAGGUGGUUCUAGGAAACAUCAUCAAGAAGAAGGGAUGGAGGCGAUCCAGCCUUGUCAUCACCACCAAGGUCUUCUGGGGAGGAAAAGCAGAGACCGAGAGGGGCCUUUCCCGGAAGCACAUCAUAGAAGGUCUGAAAGCCUCCCUGGAGCGGCUGCAGUUGGAGUAUGUGGACGUGGUGUUCGCCAACCGCCCGGACCCCAACACGCCCAUGGAAGAGACGGUGCGCGCCAUGACCCACGUCAUCAACCAGGGGAUGGCCAUGUAUUGGGGCACGUCGCGCUGGAGCUCCAUGGAGAUCAUGGAGGCCUACUCCGUGGCCCGGCAGUUCAACCUGAUCCCGCCCAUCUGCGAGCAGGCCGAGUACCACAUGUUCCAGCGCGAGAAGGUGGAGGUGCAGCUGCCAGAGCUCUUCCACAAGAUAGGAGUGGGCGCCAUGACCUGGUCCCCUCUGGCCUGCGGCAUCGUUUCUGGAAAGUAUGACAGUGGCAUCCCGCCCUACUCCAGAGCCUCCUUGAAGGGCUACCAGUGGCUGAAGGACAAGAUCCUGAGUGAGGAGGGCCGGCGCCAGCAGGCCAAGCUGAAGGAGCUGCAGGCCAUCGCCGAGCGCCUGGGCUGCACCCUCCCGCAGCUGGCCAUAGCCUGGUGCCUGAGGAACGAGGGGGUCAGCUCCGUGCUCCUCGGUGCUUCCAGUGCAGACCAGCUGAUGGAGAACAUUGGAGCAAUCCAGGUUCUUCCAAAACUGUCGUCUUCCACUAUCCACGAGAUCGAUAGUAUUUUGGGCAAUAAACCCUACAGCAAAAAGGACUACAGAUCCUAAGAAGCCCCACCACCACCACCCUGGCCAUUCGCCUGGACAGUUUCGUUCCCCUCCUAGUCUCUGUUCGCUCGCUUAAGCUGUCUUGAAGCCAAGUCAAGAGUCUGGUUUGCAGCAAAAACAAAACAACGCACCAAAACAAUAGGAAAAAAAAUCUCAGAAGUCGCUGCCACAUGCCACCCGCUGCUUUGCAGGACCCACGUCCAAUCGUGCUGGGGAGUCAGCAUUGACUUGAAGGCGUUCGAACGGUCCCACCCAAGCCCGCCGCCUCUGCUCACCCUCCACCGAGAAACCGCCACAUUUUCUCCGGGCCACGGGCCGCCCGUCUCGGAGACUCAAGUUCAGGCCAGGCCGAGGCCAGCUGGGGCCCCAGGGGACAGGCAGAGCUGGCCACUCCUCUGCCCAGAACCCCACCUGGUGUGGGGGAGGGGAAGCAGAUCUGGCUCCUCCCAUGGCCCCUCGGCCCUGCUCUGGCCAAGGGCUCCGGGUCCUUUGUGUGGGGACUGACCUCCAAUCCUGCCCCCCUCCUCCUCCAACACCUGCCCCAGCAGGUCUCAAGGGGCCUUCCGAACUGUCCCUUGACCCCCCCCCCGACCCCGACCCUUGCUGGCAGGGGCAGGGAUCCAGGGGGAUUCACUCCACAGUUUGGGACCCCCCCGAAGAUCUGGAGGUCUGAUUUCAAGGUCAUCGCCCUGCUGGCUUCCUCCUCGCACACACUUGAUGAGCCUGAUGCGGGAGCAGCCUGGAGCGCUAGGGAAGCACCUGGGGAUAAGGUCCCAGGUCCCCAAAGGCCCCGCCUGCCCUCCCCGCCAGGUGCUCAGUCCUUGCCCCAGGAGGCCCCAGGGUCCUGCGUGCUCAGCUGGACCGUAGCUGCUGAUUUCACAGCAGGUGGUCAGCCUCUGCUCUGCCCCGGGUGGUGGGCUUGGGGUCUCCAGAGAGAACAGGCCUAGACCCUUUCAGUGAGGAGGGUCCCUGGGGUUUUCUGUGCUGUGUGCCCAGGAGCUGGGGACGUGAACACCCGGCAGCAGCAGCCCCCAAAAUCUAGGAAAAGACCCCUGGGGCGCCUCUCCCUGGAGUGGUGUCCCCUAGAGACCUCAGAGCAGGUGGGAUGAGGUGCUGUGUCUGGGGUGCUCAGAGCUUGUUAGCGGGCAGAUGGGCAGCAGUGCUGCCCCCAGAACACCCUAGGCGCCCCGUGAAGAUGCAAGGGUGGCUGGGGUUGGUCGUUCUUUUCCAUAUGCCCCUCCAGCCUAGAACAGCCUGGGGACCAGGAGAGAAGGCAGCAUCCUCAGAACUGUCAGCCCCUUUGCAGCCCAGCCCCGAGUGGCUGUGAUGGGGCAGGAGAGGGGGUGGCCUGCAGCCAGGAGACCCGGCCCCCGUGGCCCUGAGCAGCACCCCAUCCUUUGCUGGCUGCGGGGGAACAGGUGCCCCAGCCCACAGUGUAGGGGGCUUGUGUGUCCCCUCCUCCGGACACACCCCCACCCCACCCCUGGGUGGUCACUGCCUGUCCUGCUUUGCCCUUCAGAGAGGCUUCUCCGUGCCAUUCUCAGAGGGCCUGCCAUCCAUCCUGGCUGUGAACCGGUUUUAAGAAAGCUACAAGGUCCGGGGAAGCGGCUUCCUGACCUUUGUGCUGACCUGGAGUCUAGAACCUUCUCCCUCCUUGUGGACCAGACCCCUGCAAGCAUCCCCCUUGGGUGUGGGGGAGGGGCAAGCCUAUCCUGGGGGAGUCCCCAGCCACUUCCCACCAUCACGGGAUAAGGGUCUGGCUCCCAGGACAGGACGCUGCAGGGGGGCAGCUUUCACCCCAGGCCCACCCAGGCGGGGCCCACGUGCUCUGGGCCGGGCAGUCCCAGAGCGAGUGGCUGGGCCCCGUCCACACUGCAGCGACCCUGCCUGCCCACCGCUGGAAGAGGGGCCAGGGCUGCCGCCACCCCCACUCCCCAGGCACCACCAUGAGCCACACAGGAGAAGGCCGAGCCCCUAUUGUCUGUAAUUCCCAAACGGAGGGAGAUGAGGGCUGUCAGGGUUAAGCUCGGCCAAGGCCGAAAUGCCCAGCACCAAGACUGGAGUGGCUUCCUGGGCCUGGGGCACCCUCCACAGCCUCGUUCUGCAUCCCCCCACCCGCACCCUGUAAGUGGGUGUGAAGAGAUGGUGCCCCACUUCCUGGGGGAGGGACCCCCAACUUAGGGGGGGCGGGGGAGGGGGGGCCAGGGUAGUCAGAGCCUGGAGCUGGACAGAGGCAGGCCCUGGAGGGGCAGCCUGGGUUCGAAGCCCCCUGGAGCCCUAGCUGCCUGCCCUUGGCUUCUCACCCUCCCCUUAAAGGAGUCUACUGCAGGGGUCCGGCUGGGAGUGUCACACAGAAAGUGGGCCUGAUCUGGGGGGGACCAGUCUUCCUUGCUCAAGACCCAGGAGCCUCCACGGUUCCUCAUCCCAAAUCAGUGGCAUAGUUGAGGGCCAAGGACAACAGCGGGGCUGGCUCCGUCUUCUCUCCUCUCCCGUGUAAAUAACGUGUUAUUUUUCUCUCCCCUUUUUUUUAACAACCCCGGUCUCUCAGCUACCGCAUCCCCCCAUAGGCAGGUGCCCUCCGCCUUGCGCUUCAGAUGCCGCUCAGCAGACACACAGCACCGUAUUUAUGGAAUGACAAAAUAAAGCCUAGCCCGUCGGGGUCCGCUCC